AUGGAGUGUGUGCCUUGGAUCUGGUUAAAAGAGGGAAGGGAAUCACGAAAGUUGGUGCUACUAGUCGUCUUUGUUGCCUUGCUUGUAGACAAUAUGUUGCUGACAGUUGUGGUGCCGAUCAUUCCUUCCUUCUUAUUUGCCACCUACAAAAAUGCUACCCAUUCUGCUCUUCAGACUACAGUUCCAACAGUUCAAAUGCUCUCAUCAGCUAGUCCUUACUCCUCCAUCUUCUCCUACUACAGCAAAACCACAUUGCCACCACGGAGGGUGGUGACCAUUUCAGACUACACUGCCGACAGUAUCACUGCAAAUACGACUGAUGUCCAAAACAGAAAUGUCCUGCCUCAUCUCCCCCUGGCCACUUCAUCCUUGAACAACAGUUGUAUGGAUGGGGCAGAAUUUCUUACGAAGGAGAACAUCCGGGUCGGACUGCUCUUUGCCUCAAAAGCUUUGAUGCAACUCAUAGCCAACCCCUUUGUGGGACCCUUAACAAACAGGAUAGGAUACCAUAUUCCCAUGUUUCUUGGGUUUGUCAUCAUGUUUCUCUCCACACUCUUGUUUGCUCUCUCAACUACCUACACCUUGCUGUUCAUUGCUCGAGCAAUGCAAGGCAUUGGGUCCGCCUGUUCCUCUGUUGCAGGUCUGGGGAUGUUGGCGAGCGUGUACACAGAUGACUGUGAAAGGGGAAAUGCAAUGGGAAUAGCCUUAGGGGGGCUAGCUUUGGGGGUACUUGUGGGUGCCCCUUUUGGAAGUGUGAUGUAUGAAUUUGUUGGGAAGUCCUCUCCCUUCCUGAUCUUGGCAUUUCUAGCUCUGCUGGAUGGAGCUUUACAGCUUUGCAUCUUGCAUCCAUCAAAGAUUUCACCAGAGAGUACCAAAGGGACCCCCCUGUUGACCUUGUUAUGGGACCCCUAUAUUUUGAUUGCAGCAGGUUCAAUCUGUUUUGCUAAUAUGGGAGUGGCCAUUCUAGAAGCCACUUUGCCCAUUUGGAUGAUGCAAACCAUGUGCUCUCCAGAAUGGCAACUGGGGGUAGCUUUUCUUCCUGCCAGUGUGUCCUACCUUAUCGGCACCAACCUAUUUGGGAUGCUAGCCAACAAAAUGGGGCGGUGGCUCUGUUCAUUGAUUGGGAUGGUGGUUGUAGGAAUCAGCCUCCUUUGUAUUCCCCUGGCUCAGAAUAUCUAUGGACUCAUUGUGCCCAACAGUGGAGUUGGUUUUGCCCUUGGUAUGGUGGAUUCCUCUAUGAUGCCUAUCAUGGGAUACUUGGUGGAUCUUCGCCAUACCUCUGUCUACGGCAGCGUCUACGCCAUUGCUGAUGUAGCCUUCUGCAUGGGCUUUGCGAUUGGUCCUUCUACGGGGGGUGCGCUUGUGCGAGCCGUCGGCUUUCCCUGGUUGAUGGUCAUCAUUGGAGGGAUCAACUUGGCAUAUGCCCCUCUCUGUUGGUGUCUACGGAGUCCCCCAGCCAAAGAGGAGAAGAUUGCAAUUCUAAGCCAAGAUUGCCCAAUGCAGACCAAAAGGUAUAUCACUCAGAAAGCAAUCCAGGAGUUUCCACUCACAGACAGCAGUGAUGAAGAAACUGAGACCAAUGAAUGGAAGUUGCAGAGUGGCCAACAGAAGGAUAUGCUAUCAAAAGAUGAAUUUUGAAUGCCGUAGAGCUCUGAGAGUUCCUAAGGGGGUUCCUUUGGGAAGCAUCAAAACAGGGCUGUGGAAAAAUUGGGGUCCCAAGUGUUUUGGACUUCAGCUCCCAGCAUCCAGUGAAUGGGGCAUCCUUUGAACCCUCAAGGGCUGUAUUACAGCCACCUUCAGACCAAAUGUUUUCCUUCCUUGCAGGUAGCUGAAGCCUCUUUGUUAUUGUACUGAUGUCUCUGUUGUCUCACGUCUAGCUUUAGUUAAUCUAUUUCUUCUUCUGCUUUAUCCACGUCCGAACUCUGUAAAAUUGGAUGUGAUGGAAAUCACUUUCUUUCCAACAUGUCAUCUGUUUUUACGUCUCUUAAAGUUAAGCCAGUAUUAUAGUACAUAUUUGUACACUGUGGCAUAGGCAAAAUACUUACAACCCAGGAUUGAAAGUCAUUAGUUUGAGUAUUCCUAGGAAGCUUUCCUGUCAUGGCAUUUUUCACUGUAAUUUCAUGGAACUAGAUCACUACCCUUUCUCCUAAUAAAGAUACUGAACAAUCUCUGGUCUGGUCCCAGGUGGCAAGAGUGCCAUCUCCCU